AUGGGGCCCCCGGGGUAAUAGGGGAUCAUGGGGCCCUGUGUCCUUGCCACACUCAAAAAAGCCUAUAAAAAAGGUACCAGGGGCAUUUCAUGGGGCCCCCUACUGACCCCGGGCCCUCGGGCAGUGCCCGAGUGCUCGAAUGGUCAGUCCGCCCCUGACACAGAGUUAACCUUACAAGGGGGCGGACUGACAACUCAUGGGGCCCCCAGGCAAUAGGGGAUCAUGGGGCCACUGUGUCCUUGCCACACUCAAAAAAGCCUAUAAAAAAGGUACCAGGGGCAUUUCAUGGGGCCCCUUACUGACCUCGGGCCCUCGGGCAGUGCCCGAGUUUCCAAAUGGUCAGUCCGCCCCUGCUCCC